AGCGACAGAGAGCCGUGCAAUUCACACACUGAUAAUAAUUUAAGAAGAAAAAAUAAAGGUAGUGUUGCUAGGAUACACCGCGGCAGCCAAACAGGAAAUGACCCAGGUUCAUCAUAUCAUCGAAGCCCGUUUUUGUCUGGUUUGCUCAGCUUGUAACACGGCUGAAGAAUUAAGGGAUGGAUACGAAACUGACGGCACCGGAGACGCGGAAAGCUAAAGUGAUGCUAUGGACAGAUGUAAGCUACCAUGACAUGGAGGAGAUCGACAAAAGGAGGUCCAUUCCUGAUCUGGAGAGUGUUUUAUGCAGUGUGUUUGGAGUUGACCUCCCUGAACCAAAAAGAGGAGUUCUGCUGGAGUUGUAUGUGCACACAGUGCUGUUUUGUAGAGGACGCAGAUUCAAAAAGGAACAAACUUCUGCUCUCCUGUCCAUCAUCAAGUCCAUCCAUGAGGCUAACGUAGAAACUCCAGUCAACAAUAUAGAAUACUGUUUCAAAUACUGCAAGGAGCUGCUUCUUUGUCACUCUGUCAGGCGACCUCCCUUUAGCAUCAACCUCUUCAGCUCUGAGGAGGUGAACUGUAUCUUAGAGUACAUCCAUAAAAGCUAUGUGAGACAUUACAAACUCUACAAAUAUAUUUUCACUCCACAGGCAAAACUUGAUUUAUCUUUGACUUAUUCUGGGAUCCCAGACCAGGAUGAACCUACCAAUCACGAAUCUUCUUCUCCAGAUGCUGGAAAUGUGAUGGAAAAAGAAGCCAAAGCAGUGCCAAAGACAGAUGGCUCUCCUCAAACACAGGGAACUUCUGACGUAGAGCCAGAGGGAUCCACAUUUGGUUCAAAAUCAGAACUGAAGGCGCUGAUCGAGAAAGAGGUCAGAGAGCAGAUGAUGUUUAUGUCUGGACAACUAGAUCAGCAAAUGAAAGAAAUUACAGAUCAGCACAACAGAGCACUAGAAUCUCCACAGCUCCACAACAAGGCCAAACAAUAGUGGAUUUUGAAUAAGCACUCACACAAAAAAGUCCGACUUAAACAUUAGUUUUAUUGUCAAUAAAAUCUUUCUUUUCUUC